GCGUUGGACGGUACGUGGCACCAGGGAGGAGUCCGCGACGGAGAGCUGCACCCACUUCUGCCCUGUUCCACGUCCGAUUCUUUACUUUACCUGAGCACUAAACCCCUCUCCGUUGACAGCUUAAGGUGUCAGUAUCUUCUCUUAAGGUUAACUCUCUAUCCCCGUCUCGGACAGUCCAGCACGAUGGGUCUCACCUUCUCGUCGCUGUUCACGAAGCUUUUCGGCAAGAAGCAGAUGAGAAUACUCAUGGUUGGAUUGGAUGCUGCUGGAAAGACCACUAUACUGUAUAAACUGAAGCUUGGGGAAAUCGUUACCACUAUCCCGACAAUCGGUUUCAACGUGGAGACGGUAGAAUACAAGAACAUCUGCUUCACUGUGUGGGAUGUCGGCGGUCAGGACAAGAUCCGACCUCUGUGGCGACACUACUUCCAGAACACGCAGGGCCUCAUCUUCGUUGUGGACAGCAACGACCGAGAGAGAGUUGCAGAGUCCAAAGACGAGCUCGUGAAAAUGCUGCAGGAGGACGAGCUGAAGGACGCGGUGGUGCUGGUGUUUGCUAACAAACAGGACCUGCCCAACGCCAUGCCCGUCAACGAACUCUCCGACAAGCUGGACCUGCAUAAUUUGCGCACCAGGACCUGGCAAGUCCAGGCCACCUGUGCCACCCAGGGCACGGGACUCUACGAGGGACUCGAUUGGCUAUCCAGCGAGCUGUCGAAGCGCUAGAGGGGGGAGGGGGGGGAAAGGGGGAGGGAGGUACACAGGAGUGGACAUGAGUGACAUGAACAUGUGCAGCUGGAAGGAAGGGGAGCGCUCAGCAACAAGUAGGAGGAGGAUGUAGAGAUGCAGCAUUCCAUCAGAGGAAAACACGUUUGUUUGUCUUUUGUUGAAGUUUGUUUCUUUUUAAAUUAUAAGUGUGUUUGUACGGUAGAACAUGCAGUCGUGGACUUUGCACUCAAGUUCCGGUUCUGAUGCCUUUUCUUUUUUCCCCAUUUCAUUUUGUGUUGUCCUUGAAGGUGUUUUAGAAUGUUGUCCUUGUUUUUUUUCCUUCUUCUUCAUGACUCCAAACUUUGAAUUAGCAUGUUUUAAGGAAAUGAUGUAUAAAAACAAAUUCUGAGACUUUGUGGCAGUUGUGCUUAUAUUGAUUAUGUGUGGAAUGGCUUUUGGAUGUGUGUACGUUGGGGAUGGGUGCUUUGCGACUGUUGAGGGCUGAUUAUGGUCCCACCUUCAUGCAACGCAAUGACCACGCAGACGCUUCGGCACAGUCGCGAACCUGUUUUGGUUUUAGUGGGCGGACCAAUCACAGCACUUGCUGCGUCGACGGAAGGUUAACAUUUUUGGGAGGCGCACGUCCGGCCCUUGCGGUGGACGCAAGGUGGGUCCGCAAGGGGUCUGUAACCCCCUUGCGUGAAUGUGGGACCAAUCAGCCCAUUAGGGUGAACAGACACUUUGGCCCAACUUUCUCCAGGGGUGGGAGUGGGCUGAAGGGGUCAAAGGCCACUCCACACCCGCCUCUGGUUGACUGAACCAUUCCACAGAGCUGAAAGUGAAGAGCAGUUCCAUUCCGUAACAAUGUGAAAGUGCAAGUAUUUUCCAAGGCCAUUACGAUGCAAUAAAAGUGUCUUUUUUUC